GGUCAUCACAAGCGAACUAAUACGGCGACCCCACUGCGUGGAAAGGGAGCAAUCAGCACUCACUGCAGAAUGGGAGUUCUAAGUGUUCAGCCUAUGGAGUAUACCACCAACUGCUCUGAUGAAAAGUUUGAUGGAGUGGUGUUGAUAUCCGAUUGCAUAAAGAAGCUCCCUGCUGAGCUGAAGAGCCUUCAGGUGCCACUCACUGAAUAUGGAAAUGUAGAUGCUGGCAUUUACAGUGAAGUAGUUGCAUUGAAGGCCCCAGGUCUACCUGGUGGACGUAUGGUGUUCUCAUCUACAGGACCCCUGAACCGGGACUAUGAUGAUGUGAGGCAGUUCAGUGAUGCUGCCGGUGUUGCUAUUAAUAGAGCUGUUAAAAUGGGUAUGAAGUGCCCCCUUUUGGUGUGUCCACAACAUAAGUCAUUUAAACACAACAUCCUGGUAGCUGUUCUAGGGGCUCUUCAUAAUCUAUAUGUGCCUUUGGAGUUACGUGAGGCUUUCCCAGAAAAGAGCCACAAGGUAAAGGUACUUGGGUUUUGGGUUCCAUCAGAUGCAGAAGGAAAACGGAUCCAGCAACUUGCAUUAGCCCUGGAAAGUGGCAGAGUUGCAUAUCGAGACAUUGGUGGGUCAGAUCCAGAAAGAAUGGCAGCACCCAAGGUGGCAGAGUAUAUACAGGAACUUUUUAAAAACACACCUGUUAAGGUUUCCAUAGUCAGUGAAUUGAAGGACCUGGAAAAGGAAUAUCCCUGCUUAGCUGCUGUCAAUCGCUGUGCCAACACUGUGCCCCGUCACCGCGCUCGUGUGAUCAAGCUGGAGUACACAGGAGAGGGUCCUAUUGACAAAACUGUGCUGCUGGUUGGAAAGGGAAUAACCUAUGACACUGGUGGAGCAGAUAUCAAGGCUGGAGGAAUCAUGGCAGGGAUGCAUCGUGACAAGUGUGGUGCUGCUGCAGUUGCAGGAUUUUUUCAGGUCCUGGCUGAACUGAAACCCAAAAAGUUACGUGUUCUGGGAGCAAUGACAAUGGUGCGAAACAGUGUGGGUGCUGACUGCUAUGUCUCUGAUGAACUGAUCAUAUCUCGAGCACAGAAAAGGAUUCGAGUAGGAAACACCGAUGCAGAGGGCCGAAUGGUGAUGGCUGACCUGCUCUGCGAAAUGAAAGAAAAGGCCCUCACUGAGGUAGCUCCAGAGUUGUAUACGAUUGCCACCCUGACAGGACAUGCUAUUCGAGCCAUGGGGCCCCAUUACUCAAUCAUCAUGGAUAAUGGGCCAGCCAGGAAAUCUCGGAAUGCACAACAGUGGCAGGAGGUGGGUGAUGCUCUUGGUGACCCUUUUGAGAUUUCAACUAUUCGUCGUGAAGACUUUGACUUUCAUAAGGGCAAGUCUGAGUAUGAAGAUAUACUCCAAUGUAAUAACCUUCCCUCUAGUGCCACCCCAAGGGGACACCAGACACCUGCAGCCUUUCUCAUCAUGGCGUCUGGAUUGGAUGAGAAUGGCAUCAACUCUGACAAGCCACUCCCAUAUUCACAUGUGGACAUUGCUGGAUCAUCAGGACCUUUCCCUGGCAUUCCCACUGGAGCACCAGUCCUUUCCAUGACUGCCAAAUUUGUCUUGCAUCGUCUCUGAGAAAAAAUAAAGUUGUUCUUUUUCCAACUAGGAUUGGGAUUGGAUCGUGUGUUAAAAGCAAUAGAAAUCCCUCUUCUGAUGCCAGAGGGAGAGUGCUUAUCUUAUUGAUUUGUUUUCAAUAAGGGGUAUGCUAGAAUAUCUCUUUGUGCUUAUCAUGCAUUCCGUUGGUGCAAAUCCAUUUUCUUCAUUUUCCUAAGCUAACCUUCGCAGCCUCUGUCUGUAGUUAGGUGACCAAAUAACAUGUUUAGCAUUAACAUUUUUCCUGCCAUUUUGACAUUACUGUUUUUUUUUUUUUUUUAAUUUUCUGACCACAUUCCACCUUUCUGUGGAAAUGUUUGUGUCGUCUAAAACUCCUCAUGUUGAACACAAUUUCCCAUUACUUCUGAUGCUAAUCUUGGUCUUUUGAAUUCUGACUUUUUCCACUCUUUCAGGUGGUUUGUCUGACUUGAGCACUUCACUCUUUUGCUCAUAUUUGAAAUUACAGAUGAAAAAGAGUUGUAUUUUAAUGUUCUUAUUAAAAUUAAUAAAUUACUUAAAUAUA